UGUUGCACGUAUUCGUUUUCUUGUUCAUUUAAGGCAGUAUAACAGUGGAAGGCAGGAUUUGAAUCAAAAGUUUUUUCUUUCGGUGACCAUAGUCUUAAACGUAAGGUCCCCAUUAGACUUUGUUUGACCAUGUGUCAUGUAAAAUUCUUAUCUCGGAAAUUUAAUAUCAGAUGACGCUUCGAUGAUGCACAUUAAUUUCUUUAGCGACCGGGAGAUGGAACACUUCAAAAUAGAUUAGGAUGACAUCACUUUUCAAGUUGCAUCUUAAACCUAUUUAUUAUUGGAUUAAAGCAUCGUGUGCAAUUGCAUUGCAAAGGAAGUAACAAGUAUCUAGUCAUAAAAGACUACACUUUCAUCAUUUUUGUGCAGUACAUUUAUCUUUACCUAAAGUGUGAAAAAAAAUUUAGUAAAUGCGCAUUUAUUUAAAACCUAUCCGGAUAUCGAUUGAUUUCAACCCUGAAUAUUGUAGUACAUAACUAUAGAUAUGUAGACAUUUGUGGAGGACAAGGGUUGAAGUAGAUGCCAGCAGUUCCCAUCGUAGUACACUGUUAUCAAAUCGUGUUGAUGUCGCGCGAUAACAUGGUCAAUUUGAAAUGAAAAUAUUUAACACAUAAAGUUAGGGCUGCCAACUGUGUUUAAGUUUGAUGGCAAAUAUAACAUUCGUAACACGCAGUAUUAAGUAUUUUUAUUAUGAAUUUAAGUUUAGAAGAGGAGAUUAAAAUAUUUUGGGAGUAUAUUAAGAGAAGCGCCGCCGCUCGAUCCAAACGCAGUAAGAUGCCAAAUCAACCGAUAAAAGUGUAUUACUAUCCUGUCUCACCGCCUUGCCGUGCUGUUCUCUUGACUGCAAAACUUCUGGGACUGGACGUGGAACUGGUACUGAUUAAUAUCAUGGAAGGAGAACAAAAGAAGCCAGAGUUUAUAAAGAUGAAUCCACAACAUACAGUGCCUACAAUAGACGACAAUGGUUUCAUAUUGUGGGAAAGCCGUGCGAUAAUGGCGUAUUUGGUGAACGCGUACGGUGCUGACGAUGCCUUGUACCCGAAUGAUGCUCAGCAGAGAGCCAUAGUCGAUCAGCGCCUUUACUUCGAUUUCAUUUUCUUACAGAAGUCUCUGGAAUUAUACUGGCCUAUGAUAAUGGGGAAAGAAUAUAAUGAAGAGAAAAAUGAUAAAUUGAAAGAGGUAGUUGGCUGGUUGAAUUCAAUGUUGGAAGGUCGGAAAUUUGUCGCUGGAGACAAACUUUCAAUCGCAGAUAUCACCACAGCGGUUACAAUGAGUAAUUUGGACAGUUUUGGCUUCGACUACAGUUCUUACCCUAACGUCAAAUCUUGGUUUGAAAGAACAGUUAAAGAGUUGGAACCUUACGGAUAUGAAGAAAUCAACAAAAGUAACGCAGACAAACUUGCAAUGAUGUUAAAGAAAGAAUAAACAGCAUUCAAACACGCACAAAGCAAUAUCAUAUGCCUUGUAGAUUGCAUUAGUAAUAAAAGCUUAUUGUUACUCUUAUCA